CUUACAAGUAAAGUUCGCGACCAUCCAAACCGAAACUUUGCGCGCAUAGCCAAAACCAUCCAGCUCCUUACGAAUUUCCUUUUUGCGCCUCAACAAUCCACCCACUUAUUUCAACCUCAUAUUACAUCGCGACUUAUCUUGAUUGAAACUAUUUUCAAAUAAUGUCAUCAAUGGGCGACCCCAGUUUCGGGGUCCAUAGAGACCUGCUUCCACAUGUGCACCUUAUUUGUACUCAUCGACAUACUUUAAAGGCCAGAGUUGAGCCAUCCGAAGUCACCCAUUUGUUGAUGCAAGCUCCCAAGAUAGCGCGCGACACCUCGCCCUUCUUCUGGACCUAUAUUGACCGCCCCGAGAGUGGGAAUGCCUUCUUAACAUGGCAGCCAUUGCAACAGAUGGGCGUGAACUUCGCUAGCGACGGUCUUAUCUGGCCUCCUCAGGAACAAUAUAUUCCACAGGAAGUAGGAAAUGGCGUGAUCCUCGAGAUGUAUUUUCAUAAAGUCGGUUUCGCCUACGGUGAUGCCAUUGCAACUCGCUCCAGGCGCCGCUUCCGCCUCAUCCCUCCGAGCGUCCACAACCCGAACGCCCCCCAAGUCGAUCCUAGUCUUUGGGUUGUUCACUAUGGUCCUAUUGACAACAACGAGCGAAUUCCGACACAGAUGAUCCCGCGAGAUCCUCGGACACAGUCUAUCCUGGAAACCCGCGCUUAUCUUCAGCGAUGCGGGCAAAUCCAGCGGAAAGAGUUCAUACUUGGUGAUCGAGUGAAUUGGCCACAGAUUGCCUGGCCUAGAGAAACCUCGAGGCAGCCAAUAUACGCUGGCCACCGCGGAGUUCCUCAGACCAUGGCAUAUCCUGCCCAUCCUGCAACACCUAGCGGGCCACCAUCAAAACGUGCUCGGACAGCCCAAGCUGCACAGGGACAAAUAGCUCCUGCUAUGGCUGCUAUUCCCCCACAAGAUAAUUCGUAUGACGAUGAGGAAGACACAUUUCGUGGUGACCUUUUUGAUCACUUGACUCCCCGCGAAGUCAGCCUAGCUCGCUACCAACAAAACCAUGAAUGGAUGGAACAAAUACUUUCGUCACCAUAUAGAAUGGGCCAGAUUGGCUUUUCCGAUCUUGGGCUAGGUCUCAAGGGCGAGCUUUCUGGACUAACCGACGGCAUUUUCCAGGCCCACGGUUACAAUCCCGCUACACAAUCACCUUCGGCGCCUAACACGACUCUGAUAGAUGCUAAGCAAGCCUCCGAGUUUCGUGAGCGAGUCACUGAGCGAAUUCGUUCCACUGAGGCGGAGAUUGAGAAAAUGAAGGCAGAACAUGCCAGGAAGGUGAACAAGUUUAAGCACAAUUCUCUUCUUACUACUGCUGAAAGGGAAUUACGUUCAGCCAUUGACGAGCAUGGCCCUGAUGCUCUACAAUUAGAGGGCAUGACGGAAGACGACGACGAUGGUGCAAAUCGCUGGCCCUUGAAGCACAAUAAGAAAGUUGACGAGAUUGUAUCUCAGGUUGAGGCACAUCUUGGCCGUCGAGCAGAGGUCAUCUAUGAACUAAGACGAAUACAGGACGGUGGAUAUCAAGAGCCAGCUCCACAGCCUACGGCAAUUCCAGGAAACACCACCGGCGCCCCCCAAAAUGGUAGCGCAAGCGGAAGCGGCGUGAUGUCCCGUCAACCAUCUCAUGCCGGAUCCCAACACAGUGGGUUUAUGGCUGGUGAUGCCGAUAUUGACAUGGGCGGAACCGCCGCCGGCCUCCUUGAUCAGAUACAUACGGGACCAGGUGCUUCGUCUGCUUCUACGCCGGCAAAUAACAUCCCAACACCCCAACCUCAAGUCCAAGCCCACGCUUCAACCAUCCAAUCUGGCGCUGCCACCCCGGCCAAUCCAACCGUUCCCUCACCCUUACCACCUCCCUCAAAUGAUAAUUCGGGUGAUGUGAAGAUGGAUGAUGGCACAGGUGGCACUGAACCACCAACUGGGACCGCUCCCGAUCAAGGGACCGGAAGUGGUGACUGGGUGGUAAUUCCCAAAGGCGACGCUAUUCCCGACGGAUCUACGAAUCCGACUCCCGCCAACGACCCACCAAAACCAGCAGAAAAUGCAAGCAAGCAGGCUUCCGCGACAGGUACUCCUUCGAUGGGCUUUGAGAGCGAGCAAAAUGAGUUUGGCUCAUUGGAAGACUUGAACACUGCCGGCGAUGCAUUGGCUGGGUUCAGCGGGACGCCCGGUGAACUCGGUGAAGGUCUGGACUUGGAUAUGGAAGAUUCCGCGUUCGGUGAUGCCUUCCAUGGUGUCGAGUCGCAGCAAGGAGAACACACACCAGCUGCUGAGGGCAAUGCUUAGAGCAUGUACUUUUACAUUUGAGUGCUCUAGGUCAUGUCGUUCACCACACUUCUCCUAAGACCUUGGCACGAUAUGGAUAAGGUAUCGCUGGCUGCGAUUAAUGGCAGUAUGUAUGUGAAGAUGCUCGUGCUUGAGACGUACGUAGGUGUUUACAUAGGUCGAGAGUUGAUGAGGGACCUUAAGAGGCUGAGCACCUAACCUACCUAGGUACCUGAGAGUUCCAUAUUCAACCUCGAUGUGGAAUUCGAAGGACAUCUCCAACUGUUUGCAGUGUAACUAAAACGGCGUUUAAGGGGUCAGCUUUUUUUAAUGUUUCUAGUUUUGGGGCUGGCAAGAUACCUAGUAUGAAGGUUAAUAGGCCCACAUGGAAUGAAUGAAGGAGGUUUCUGCUUAGGUGGCACUGCUAUAUUGUGGUGUACCGUACCAUACUAGGUUAGUACUGUAGGACUGGGAAAAUCGCGGCUACGUAGAGUCCCAGAUAUAUCAAUCAAUCAAUCAAUCAAUCAGGUCGUAGAAUCUAAAUCUAAAUGAAUAUACCAUGG